GCCAGCCGCGCGGUGCGCAUGCGUGAGCUAAAUAGCUACACCAUUUUUCACUUCUUUCUCUUCCCAAAACUGAAAGCCGCAGCACUGAUACUGCGAUGCUCAAUUAGUGCGAGUUAGUAGUGUUAUAUUAGUGAAAGUGAUAUUUUAUUUAGUUGGACCUCUGUAGUUUGUGUCACCAUGUCGCCCAAGUUGCCAGUGCCGCCGCUGCAGGAGAUCACUCUGUCGUUAGUGGCGAGACAGUUGAUCCACGCCCUGUCUCGUGUUUCAUCCGAAGAAGAUUCCGCGCUGGAGUUUGCCAUGGUCUCCUCGUACUACGAGAGCAUGGGUGCAACCAACGACAUAUUCCAGGAUCUCAUUAACUUAAUACUUAGCUCGGAGUAUUUAGAACCCUCUGUUAGAUACUACACAAUGAAACUACUGCUCAAAGAAAACGUCAAAAGUUUAGCGACGGGAAUCUUCCCCCUUCCCUAUUAUAGGAAGGUCCUUGAGCUCAUUAUGGAGCAAGGCCACCACUUGACUGCUCUCAAUUUGAAAGGAGUGUGGGUUAAGGACGACCAUUUGCCGAUAAUGUAUCAGCUGUUGAAAAAUCUUCCCAAUUUAACAUGCUUGAAUAUUCCCUACAUUGCUAACGACGAAGUGCUCAAAUAUAUCGGCAAGUACAAUAAAGUGUUGAAGUUGUUGGACAUUUCUGGUGAAACGGACAUCACGGAGAUUGGCAUAGACGCCAUGUUGACUGGAAACCCGCAAUUAACUCAAAGUCUGACUGUGGUAAACAUAGGAAUGUACGGCGAGGAGAACAUUGAUCACACAGACGUCGCUUUAUUAAUACGGCGGCUGCCAAACCUCACUAAUCUUGGCAGUUACUCGUUUGUUGGUAAAUCUGUUUACUCGAUAUACAGGACGGACCCGGACUUCAAAACAAAGCUCCAGUACAUGCAUGACGUGCAGACCAACAUGCGGACGAUGAAGGCGAUCAUUGCGCUGUGUCCGAUGAUAGAAACCAUUUACCUGGAGGAGCCGGACCAGGGCGUGCUGCAGCAGAUCAAAGAGUUGAACAAUGUUAGUAAGAUUAAACUGAACAAAUUCCAGUGCCACGAACUUCACCAGUUGCUUGAUAAGGUUGGCCACAAGAUAGAAACGUUGAUGUUGUCUGCAUCUACUGGGUCGUUCAACUUUACCAGGGUAGCAGAGACAUGUAGGAACCUGGAGAGUUUAGAGUUCUAUCAAAUACAGACGGCGACGCAUGAAGAAGAGAUACCGUUCAACAAUUUGCAGCACAUUGAAAUUAUCCACGGUAAUCUGUCCACAUCGUGUCUCAAGUACUUGAUGACUGGUAGUCCUAAGCUAAAGAAAUUGAUCAUCGGCGACGAAAUCAAAUUGGAUGACAAUGAUAUGUCACGAAUGCUUCGCCGAUACAAAUUCGAGCAUUUGGAAGGCAUUUGGUUCCCCAAUGCGCCUCGUUUGACGAGAGACACAGUCGACCUCUUGAUCGAGUGCUGUCCCAAGCUCACAAGCCUCGGUCAGCUGAGCGGGUGGCAGUUCACGCCUGAUGACAUGAUGCUGAUGAGAGCAAUCACAGCAAGCACCAACACUGAUAUCGUAUUAUCACCCCUUGGUAUAUUCCAACAAGGACGUUAAGUGCGUGAGUGACAAUCGACUUUGUUAGGCGGCAAUAAAGCCUAGUUUGGUAUGAUGUGGACUUAUUAGUUUUUCUAUGCGGUCGCUAUGACUAUGUGCAUUUGUUUUAUAUUGAUAUCAAGCUUUUAAUUUGUCCCGCUGCUGGGUAAAGGCCUCUUGUGUGGAGAAGGAAUACGCGACUAAUUGUGUACAACACAAAACUUACGAAUUUUCGACUUUCAUUUCUUAUAAUUGAAAUAUUAUUUUCAUUAAGUUGCUUUUGAAUACUCCAAUAGAGUUAUGUGGAAACAAAUUGUUUUUGAUUGACGAAAUAACUAUAUUCAAGUCCAGUUUUCCUUCGCCGUAGGGAAGGCCUAAUUUUUUUAAUCAUUAAUACCAAACAAGAUAUGACAUAAAAACUAUAAAUUUUUGAUACGUAUUUGUAAUUUUGAAAAACAAAUUCAACGCCAUCUCUAAUCUAUUAUAAGGUUUUGUAAAUUAAAAUAUAAAUAUAAAAAUGGAUGUACAAAAUGACUUAUGUACUUAUAAUUAGUUAACACGUAAUUAAUUAUUACGUCUUUAUAUACUGAUGCUUUUUUACUAUUUAUAUAAAAGAUUUUUUGUAUAUUCUAGGAACAUAACUGGUGGAAAGUGAUUGUUACAUUAUAUAAUUAUGUAUGUAUAGUCAGGGUCAAAAAUGCAGUACCAGUGCAACAACGCAUAUAGCUUGACGUUUUUAAAGAAAUAUACUUAUCAUCAUAUGUGUCGUUACACAUGAUCUAUAUCACGACACACUAUAAAAAAAAUUGUAUGUUUAUUUUAUGGAAUAAGCCGGUAAGCGAAGCGAGGCGUCAUAUUUUCAUGGUAGAUAUCCCACCUACUCGCACGAAGCGCUUCGCUUCAAGCUGCCUUGUGCGAACUGCUAGGGAGUGGAACUCCUUGCCGGAGUCUGUGUUUCCUGAUGGGUAUAACCUGAGUGUCAAAGCCUGAGUGAAUAGGUUGCUUAUGGGCAGACGUGCAUCAUCACUUACCAUCAGGUGAGAUAGCGGCCAAACGUCGACAUUAACACAUGACGAGUCGAUUUCUUUUAAAACGUCAAGCUGUUGUACUACAGUUGCACUGUUACUGCAUUUUUGUCCCCUGACUGUACAAUGUACACCUCUGUCUAUUCCUUCAGGGAAAUGUCUUGUUAUACAUAAUUAUUAUUCUACAUAGUCUAGUCAACGAUAUUAAUACACUACAUACAAAAUGAAAUUGUGAAAUGAAACAAAUAAAUAUUUUCUUUACGUUCUGUCAUUAUAUUUUAUUCAAAUUCAUUGUCUAUAUAAUAUAAAUGUCAAAUUGAUUUAAAAGAUUCAUGCACAUAUUUGUUUUAUGGAAUUACUUAAAGUAAACUUAAUACUUGGUCUCUUUCCUAUCACAUAAUUAUUAUUUAUUUAUAUACAGUUUCUAAGGAUACAUUUUAAACUCUGAUUAGUUAUUGAUGGUAUAAAUUGCGAUACAUAAACGUCAGGUAACUACCAUUGUGUACGUAAAUCACGUAUUAAAAUUCUAUUAAUUAUUCUAUUAAUUGCAUUAUAUAAUUUAUCAUUAAUUCAUUAUAUAUUAGAUGAUACCCAUAUUUGAUUAAUUAAAAUAUUUUCAAUCGUCACAUUCUCGAAACCGACUCAAAUGAUUUCGAUAAGAUACGAAUCACAAUACAGUUUUCCUGGGCUGAGAAAUUUUAGAUGUCAUUUUAAUUUUCACCCAAGUAAAGCCCAGUCAACUAGGUAUUUUGCUACUAAAGUGAAAAAAAAAAUAGUUUCGUUAAAUGCUAAGAAAUCUAAAACUGUUAAUACGUGGAAAGUCUUAAAAACAGUGCACAAUGGUCAGUUAACAUAAGUUUAGUUAAAACAGAGUUUAAUUCAUACACAUGAUAUUACAACUGCGUACUGAGAGACAUUUAAUGAUUACUUAAACCAUUCCUUAGUAAUGAUUUUGUUCCAAAAAUAAUUGCUAGACUCUAGGUUAAGUAACCAUUAAAUGACUCGAAAGUAUAAAACAGGAAAUUAGACAUUCUGGUAUAAAAUCUGUGUACAUUAGUGGCAAGGAAUUUACAUGUUAAUUUUAUACAAAAGAAAAAACAUUGGGACUAGAUUUUGUACUUACCUACGGGUGGACUAAAUAGUACCACUACUGUUUUUACAUACACUAUUCACAGAAACAGAAACAUAAAAAAUAUCAAAAGAAUCACAUUGACAGCUAAGCCUUGCUUCGAUCAUAGUUAUUGGUUUACUUCACAGGUUUGCUUCACACACGUGCCUGUACGACAAUCCUUUGGUAUAAAAAUGUACUCAAGUAGAUACAAUUUAUAAUUUACAUUUCAUAAUUAUCAUUUAUACAUUAUUAUUGAAAGGCAUGUGGUGAUUAUAUCAUCUCCGACGACAUAAUUACCGUGCUCUUUAAACACUGAUGAUAACAGUCUGGAAUAUUAGUGGAUAGCAAUUUCCUGCAAAGUGAAUUUAUACUGUUUAGCUGCUAGCUGCUAAAUAAUAUGGUCCGUCAAUAAUCACGUUGGUCCUGCGUGAAAUGGAUUUUUUUUUUAUUAUUAUUGAUGUUUUGUUCUUUUUAUAGUUUCAAUAAUUUUCCUCUGUUCUUAUUUUUUUCAUUGGACUUGAUGCCGAUGCCGAUGACGACGAUGACGACGUUGAUCGCGCGGACAGUGAGGAUAAUUGCAUGUCAUCCUCACUGUUUCGGUUCGCUGUCUGUGGAUUUAAAGAGCGGCUGUGGCCGGAGACGCCAGGGAGGCCGGGGUCGCGGUUGCUAGGGCCAGGUUGGACGUCAUCUUGAGAUCUGUUGCUAGAACCAAGAAUGUCCCAUAAAUCCUGUAACUGUGGUGCAUUCGAAAAGUCUGGCGUUGUUCCUUUAUCAUAUUCAUCCCUUAUAAAUGAAAAUAAACGUUGAAAUUGA